CGCAACGAGAGCCUCAGCGGAGAGGUUCAGCUAUAGAUCAGCGGCGCUUAGAUUAAAGCAUUACCGCCAGCAUAUCAAGAAGAUGCGCAGACAGCAGUCCUAUCGUUUCGAGGACAAUGAGUCCACCUCCUAUGCCCUGAGGAUGAAUCGUCGCUUUUCAAGAGUGGAGUCCGGGGCGGACCUAAAGGAUUACUUUGAUCGUGGUGACAUUGCCUCCCGGGAGAAUCGCUGGAACUUUGAGGUAGCAUGGGAGGUGGCCAACAAGGUCGGUGGCAUUUACACGGUGAUCCGGUCGAAGGCCUACGUGUCCACCGAGGAGAUGGGUGAGCAGCUGUGCAUGAUGGGUCCCUAUAAGGAGCACUGUGCCCGCACUGAGAUGGAGGAGAUGGAAUUCCCCAGGGGAAACCCACUAUUAGAUGCUGUGAACUCCUUGCGUUCGAGAGGCUACAAAAUCCACACUGGUCGCUGGUUGGUUGAUGGAAAUCCCCAGUUAAUUCUUUUUGAUAUUGGAUCCGCCGCCUGGAAGUUGGAUCAGUUCAAAUCGGAGAUGUGGGAGAAAUGCCAUAUUGGAGUACCUCAUUUGGAUAUCGAGACCAACGAUGCCAUUAUCCUAGGCUUUAUGAUUGCCGAGUUCCUGGAGGAGUUCCGUAACUUUGCCGUGACUUACUCACAGAACAACGAACUGAGCGCCCCGAGGAUUGUGGCCCAUUUCCAUGAGUGGCAAGCUGGCGUGGCUCUCAUUGUUCUGCGCACUCGUCUGGUGGAGAUUGCCACUGUUUUCACCACCCACGCGACAUUGUUGGGUCGUUAUUUGUGCGCCGGCAACACUGAUUUCUAUAAUAAUCUAGAUAAGUUUGCCGUCGACGAGGAGGCGGGCAAGCGGCAAAUCUACCAUCGUUAUUGCCUGGAACGAGGUGCCACCCAUUUGGCUCACGUGUUCACCACUGUCUCAGAGAUUACGGGAUAUGAGGCAGAGCAUCUGCUGAAGCGCAAGCCGGACAUCAUCACACCGAACGGUUUGAAUGUCAAGAAGUUCUCGGCCAUCCACGAAUUCCAGAAUUUGCACGCCGUCGCCAAGGAGAAGAUCAAUGAAUUUGUACGGGGACACUUCUACGGCCACAUUGACUUUGAUUUGGACAAGACCCUGUACUUCUUCAUCGCCGGUCGCUAUGAGUUCGGAAACAAGGGAGCCGACAUCUUCAUCGAGGCAUUGGCUCGCUUGAAUGCUAUGUUGAAGCACGAGAAGCCGGACACCACGGUGGUGGCCUUCCUUAUCUUCCCCACCAAGACGAACAACUUCAACGUGGACUCCCUCCGAGGACAUGCCGUGAUCAAGCAGCUGCGAGACACAAUCAACAACGUGCAACAGGCGGUGGGCAAGCGGAUGUUCGAUACCUGCCUGAAGGGCAACAUCCCCAGUGCCGAUGAUUUGCUCCAAAAGGAAGAUCUGGUAAAGAUCAAGCGUUGUAUGUUUGCCAUGCAGCGUGAUUCUAUGCCACCAGUUACCACGCACAAUGUGGCAGAUGAUUGGAACGAUCCGGUGCUGUCCUCCAUUCGUCGUUGCCACCUGUUCAACUCCCGGCACGAUCGUGUCAAGAUGGUCUUCCAUCCGGAGUUCCUAACGUCCACGAACCCUCUGUUCGGCAUUGAUUACGAGGAGUUUGUCCGUGGCUGCCACUUGGGUGUCUUCCCCUCGUACUACGAACCAUGGGGUUACACUCCCGCUGAAUGUACGGUGAUGGGAAUUCCCAGCGUGACCACCAAUCUGUCUGGUUUCGGUUGCUUCAUGGAGGAGCACAUCAGUGACCCUAAGUCCUAUGGCAUCUACAUUGUGGAUCGUCGCUAUAUUGGGUUGGAGAACAGUGUUCAGCAGCUGUCCAGCUUUAUGAUGGAUUUCUCCCGGCUGAAUCGCCGUCAGCGCAUCAUCCAGCGUAAUCGCACGGAGCGGUUGAGCGAUCUUCUCGACUGGCGUACCCUGGGCAUUUACUACAGACAGGCCAGGGUUAAGGCCCUGCAAGCUGUUUACCCAGACUAUGUGGAUGAGCUGACCCUCUAUGGAUCGAAAAACAAUUUGAUCUUCUCGCGACCGCACAGCGAACCACCUAGCCCAACUUCAUCGCGUCACACCACACCAGCUCCAUCGGUGCACGGCUCUGAUGACGAGGACUCUGUGGAUGAGGAAACCGAACUCAAGGAACUGGGCAUCAAGUAGAGGUCUUUGCCAAACUGACAGCCCCUAAGAUUGUAGCGAACAAACCAACUAAAAGUCAACACACGCGCAAUAUUACCAUAAGUUGUAGUAGUCUCUUGUUCCAACACUGUUCAUCGAGAAGGGUGGAGGGGGAGUUAGCCCCGCCCAGAAGCCUACGAAACUAUUUACCUGCAAAUUGCAAAUGCCAGAACAAAAAUGUUUUCACAUCCAAUCAAAAAAAAAAAAGAAAGAAGAAAAAUAUUAACAUUAUGUAUGUGCCCAGAUCGCAAGCGUAAGCAUUCGAGCAGGACGAAUCCAGAUUUUAUUAAACGUUGUUUAGUCUUUAAGGAGAACGAGGUCUCCCCGCCCUGUCACCCUGCUCCAUAACCUGCCUAUCAAAUAAAUCGUUAUUUAAAGUACA